CUGUCAAAAAUGAGUUUCCAACAAACAGCACUCACUUUCUUAUCUCUAUAUUAAAAUUGUGUUACAACUCAAAAUACGCAUAGAGGAAAGCUUAACAUGAUGAAGUUGGCAAUGAAAGAAGCCAGCAAAUUAACAAAAUUUUCCUCCUGUUUUUGACUAACAAAAGCAUAAGAGCAGCAGUCACUUCUGCUUCAAGACUUAUUAUCAAUAUAAUUACUAUAACUAACAUGUUUGAAAAGACAAGAAGUCUGUUGAUUGGAUUCAUCAUAUCAUUCACUCAGAUACAAAUUGGUCUCACUCAGCUUCAUCUGCUUCUAUGCUUUUCCUUGCUCAAUUUUUCAAAAGGAUUGAAAAUGAAAAAAAGAAAAAAAGAAAAAAAGAAAAAGAUUUAGUUCAACUCUACAUGACCCAAGGGUUCCUUCACGAAUCUGAUAAAUCUGAUGAAACGACUGUCACAAUGGAGGAGACCGGUAACAAUUUCUUUCAUGACCUGUUAUCUAAUUCCUUAUUCCAAGGGAUGCAAAGAGAUAGAUAUGAAAAUAUUAAUUCUUGCAAGAUGCAUGAUGUAGUGCAUGAUCUUGCAUUAUCUGUUUCAAAAGGUGAAACUCUGAUUUGAAAUUCUCAUCUAUGCUGCAACCAGUCCCCCAAAUCAGAGCUUCACCCUUCUCAACAGAUAAAUGCAAAAUCAUACACUAUAUCAUGCAUCUUGUAAGAAUUAAUAUUUCCAAAUCUCUCUCUUUUCACCUCCUGGAAUAAAGAAUUAGAUAACAGCUCAUCAAAGAACUUGUUACUAGUCCCCUCCACUGUAACAGUGGUUUCAUCAAAUUUAUCAGAUUCGUGAAGGAACCCUUGGGCCAUCUUGAUGACUCAGUGUUACUCCAGUGACUGCUACAACCAGUGGCAAGCCUCCACAUUGUUUUGCACUCUGUUGCCCAAUAGCCUCCAAAUCUGAAGAUAUUGAUUUUGUUGCGGAAGAUCCAAGAACCAUCUGCUUAAUUAUAAAGUAUAAACCAAAAU